CCGGUUCCGGUUUAGACGCCUGGGAAGCUAGCUAGCUACUUCGAUACAUGUUUCAAUUGCUUCUUUGACCCAUCAUCUCUUCACUGGCAACUUUCUCAACAGAGAUUAGAUACGUUUACGUUCCAGCAUGUCUCACAACUACUCCUACAGACGACCACCACCAGCUAAAGGUCUAAGACCCAGCUCUUUCGACUCUCCAGAUCACCUGCACCCUGGAGACCACAUUCACAAUGUUUACAGAUCGUGCCAGGAGUCACCAUCUCAUUCCACAAUACCAUCCUACCCAUACUCCUCAUCCAGAGCCUCCGCUGCCACCGAGUCCCCUUACUCCUCCUCACUAAGCCGGUCAGACCAAACUCUCCUGAGCAGCUGUGGGCUCAAGCCCAAAGACUUAUCUCUACUAGCCGAGAUGCCUGAGGAUCUCAUCACCGUGGAGAACCUACCACAUCUGGUCCUGGAGAUCAAGAAGAAGAGGGCGACACAUCAGUCACCAUAUCCAGCUAUGAUCUCUUACCCUCCUGCUGCCACAUCUCGUCCCCCCUCUGUCCAAGUUGUGGACUACCACUAUGGUAAAGAAACUCUCAGAAGUUACCAAACUCCUAGGUCCACUUACAACAUGGCCCAAGGAGGAAGCAGCAACACCUGGAAACCCCCCAACUCGUCCCAACCAGCAGUAGAUUACAGGUACCCACCAACUACAGACUACAGACCACGCCCAGACCAAGAUGUCCCAGUUGUCACAAUCAAGAUGGCCACCUCUGGCAACACUCCCACCAAGAAGUCUGCUCUUGACUUCCAUGGAGAAAUCCCCCAAAAGUUUCCUCAUACUUGCUCUCUCUGUGAUAUUACCGUGCUCUCUGAAAAGUUCUGGUUCACACACGCCAAUGGAACUCAACAUGCAGACGGACAGCUCACAUUUCUUAAAAUGUAUCCUGAUUGGGAUUGCCGGAUGCAGACCACCAGAAAUGGUGAUGACCGCACAAAGAGACCGAACGUUGAAGAGAAGACUGCUGGACCUUCCCAUAGGUUGAUUAACUACUUGGGUAAACCGUCAAGUAGCGGCUCUAGAGAAAGCAUAGACUCUAAGACAAAGGGGAGUGGCAAAGUGGUUUGUGCCCAAUUUACCGCCCGGUGUCUCAACGAAGAUGGUUUGAAGGACCUGAUUAAUCCGUUUGGGGAAGUUGUGAAAAUCAUCAUGUUCCCUGCUUUGGCGUUUGUGGAGUUGGGCUCAACUGACCAGGCCGCCGAUAUUGUGAGAUACUACCUCAGUAACCCAGUGAUGGUGAAAGGAGGACAAGUCACCUUCUCUGUCUCGUCAACAUUUAAUUUCCUGCAGAGUUCCCGGGUGUUGAGUUUUUCCCCGGUGCCUCCUGGUAAAGAGUCAUCCGCGUGGAAGAGACAGUUACUGGCCGCAGCUAAAAGAUUUGGACCUGUGGAGCACUCUCUAUUCUUACCUACGCAGGCAUUUGUGGAAAUGACAAAUCCACUGGAUGCACAGAAGCUGGUUGGACACCAUACGUCCAAACCCCUGAAAAUAGAUGAGAUUCAUAUUAAAGUGGCCUUCUCGUCAGAGUAUAAUACACUUCCGACCAUAUCUGACAGGAAGUCUUCAGUCAGGAAGUCUUCAGUCAGGAAGUCUUCAGACAGGAAGUCUUCAGACAGGAGCAGGAAGUCUGAAGAUAGAUCUAAGAGAAAGAGAAGCCCAAGCCCCAGAAGGCGGAACCUCAGCCCCAGGAGAGAUUCCCCAACCACCUCAAAGAGGAGGAGGAGUAGAGAGAGGUAUAGCGACCGUCACAAAGAACGAGUGAAAUCAAACAGUGGUGGUAAAGGCAGUCCAAGGUCCCCCAGCAAACAGAUCUCCAGCCGGAACUCCAGAAGCCCUCGCAGGCCAAGGUCCCCCAGCAAACAGAUCUCCGGCCGGAACUCCAGAAGCCCUCGCUCACAUACUAAAGAGAGGGUCUCCAGUGAGAAGAAGACCCCAGGUUCUUGUAAAACAGACCCCAAGAAGAACAAGGUAUCUCCCACUUCCACUCGCUCACAACCUCCCACCAAGGAAAAGACCCCAUCCCUGUCCUCCAAUGUGAUGGCGAAGUCUGAAGAGGCUGUCGUCACGACUGACCAGAGCAAGAAAAAAACUGAGACUCAGGAGGAUGGAGCCACGGAGGCCUGUGAUAUGGACAGUGACAUCGAGGGGAUGGCCGUGUAUGGGGAGGAUGGGGAGGAGAACUCUGACAUGGGAGAGGAGGAAGAGGAAGAGGGGCAAGUAGGGGAGAAAGAGGGAGAGGUAGGGGAGGCAGAGGGAGUGGGGGAGAGGAAGAGGAAGUAG